AUGUUUUCUUACUCUGUUCCUGCGAGAUAAAUUCAGCAAUCGAACAGAAUUUCCCCUCCUCUGUUUCACAUACAAUCGUAUAUACCGAAUUUGCUUCAUACUUUUGCACUAACGCUGGUGCAGUCGAAUCAUAAAAUUCCAGAGUGAAUUUUUCCUUGUAUUUGAAGAAUGACCGAGAAAACACCGGGAAAACCCCCCGAAGCUGCGGAGAUACCCAUAUUAGACGAGGGCUUUCGUCUCUUCGGCCCGCCUGUCGUCAAUGAAGCCAUCAGAAGACACCAGAAAGAAUUAGAGGCAGAGCCAAGAAAAUGGAAAUCGUUGAGGAGUUGCUUGAUGGAACCGAUGGGACUGGCAAAGUUGGUGGGGGUGUGCCCGAAAGUGGGAACUUGCAACGUGAACAACCCCUACCUGUUCAAGCGUAGGCAGCUGCCGCUGACGGCUGACACCUCGCUCACGAUGGUGAUGGAAUUGUCAGAUAUCAAGUAUGACCAGUGUGACCACACCAAGGGGAAAAAUAGGAAUAAACAUGCAGAAAUAGAUUCCUUUAUUGAGAAGUACAGUGCCUUGAGCCGGGAUGAAUUGGCAGCAGCUGUCAUGAUUCCCAGCAAGGAACUCUUUGGUCACACCAUGCAGGAGAGCGUCCCUUGCGUUGGCUGCCGAAGGAGCAUGGAGCAGAUGUUUACACGACUGCGGGACCAGCAUCAUGUGAGGGCGCUAGAGCCUCUGGUGAUCACAGGCCACUCCGAACUGUCUCUGGUGACGGAAUUGCUGUACGAUCCCAGAAAAAUGUAUAAUCUAUUCCACCUACACGGGUCCAAACUCGAAGAUCUGGUCAACACACUCCACAAGAACAAGAAGAAUCGCCGCUGUGUCCUACAUUCACUUGAUAAUCACAAGACCAAACAGAUAUCGACGUGGAUUGACAUCUGGGAGGUCAUGGAGAAGCCGUGUAGGGAAGAGGUGACAUUAGUCCAGGCAUCCAGUCUGCACAGUACAACGGAAGCCUACCUAAGAAAACACAGGUUUUGUGGGGAAUGCAAGACCAAGGUGAUGCGGGCCUACAGCAUCUUGGUAGGAGAGGUCCAGCCUUGCGAGGAGAAGGGAUACUGCAGUGCACUCUAUGAGGGCAUACGGUGCUGUCCGCGGGAGAAACAUGUCCACCUGCUGUGUGAGACAGACUUCAUCGGACGGCUGAUAGCUAGAGCAGAGCCAGAACUGAACGGAAUACGGAGAGAAAGACACGCUAAGACCAUUGACAUAGCGCAGGAGGAAGUCUUGACGUGUCUUGGGCUACACCUCUACGAGCGGCUUCACAAAAUCUGGCAGAACCUGCGCGCCGAGGAGCAGACAUUCCUGCUGCUGUUCCAUGUCGGAGUUCAAAAGCUGGAGAAGGCACUUGAGAUGGCACUGGAGGCGAAACAGGGUAUGUCCAAGCUGGAACAAGUGUGCGAGGAGAUCACGGAGGCUGACCGGCUCAAGAAGGAGAAACGAGACCAGAAGAAACAGCGACGCAAGGCCCGCAAGAAGAACAAGAACACGGCAGAGUGUGGAGAGACGGAGGGGGAGGGGCCGGGGUAUACCCUGGGGCAGGACCCUCUGGAGGAGCCUGGAGAGGGUCAGGUGGAACAUCAGUGUCAGCAGGAAGGGAGUGGAGAAGGCAAAUGUCUGUGUGAUCAUGACGAGAAUGACAACACGGACAUCCUGUGCAAGGCUUGCGACACCCACCUGCAGACACCAGCAACGGAGGACCAGCUGCACUCGUUACGCAACGACCCGGACUACUCCAGCGGGAUCGAUUGUGGGGAAGACUGCGGCCACAGCUCGCGGGAGAGUUCAGAGGUGGCGUGCUCGGAGGGCCUGUGUAACCAUGACAGGGGGUCAAUACAGGGUGAAGAUUUACAGGAAGACUCUUGCAGCCAGGAUUUGUCCCAGGAACAAGACGAGAUCUGCCUGGAUAGCUCACUGUGUCAUUCCAACCAUAGAUCGUCUUCCCAGCUUCCCAAGUGUGACGGAGGCAAGCCGCUCGACUGUGUGCACUGCGGGGAAGAGCAGGAGGUAACAAAAGAAGUCGACCAGGUCCAAAAAAUCUGCCAGUGUUCCACAGAGGCUCAGCUGCGGCGUGCUGUAGGUUGGACAUCCACACUGCAGGACAUGCUAGAGGGUUCGUGUUCGUCAGACGAGGAGCCGGUCAUCUCCCAGGAGGAGAUCCGACGGUUCCGCGACAGUCACAAGUCGCUGGACCGGCAACGUAAGAAGCUCCGCGCCAAGAUACGGCACCGCUACAACAAGAAGUUUGCCCUGCAGCAGAGUGCCAACCACCAGGGGGAUGGAUUCACGGUCCAAAUCCAGAGCAUAGCCCGGGAGAUUGGCGGGGUCACUGUGGAGUAGGGGAAUAACAUUGCUGUCGUCAUACUUAGCACAAGGGGGGGGGACUUACGACAAGGGGGGGUAUUCAAUUUUAUUGUGGACGCUCGUCGUUACCCUUGCCGGAAUGAAAAGAAUGCAUUUGUAUAAUCAGAAAUUGUAUUUCCUCCACACAGUCUGCCCGUCAUAAAUUAAUUAUAAUCCAUUGGCAUGGCAACGCACAACAAUGAAUUCAGGCUUGUCAAAUUUUGCCUGUGAUGAGUUUCGGUCCCUGUACAGUGUGUAGAAGCGUAUUUUAUUUUUGUGUUUGUGCAUGUAUGCUGGCCACUCCAUGAGUUGCAUUUUAGCGUGACCGGCAUUCUUUGUGGAGGAAAGCGAACCCCUUACAGUAAGAAGUGGCUGCAUAUUGAAGGAAUCAUAAGGCACUUGGGACGGAAACAGCAUAUCUGAAAGAAACGAAUCCCUUUCGAUCAGUUUGUGUAAUGGCCACCUAGAAAUUAUCACAAAAGGUGCUGUCGACCACUAAUCCUUCAAAAUUCUUCAAAGGAAAUGCAAGGCCUCAUGGGUGACUUACUGCCAUGAUCAGGGUGAACAUACUAUGCCUAUACAGAGGUGUAGACCCACUUACUAUGGAAACAAAACCUUUCUACUGAGAUUUCAAAGAAACCAGCAAUCACUUUCCUCAUUAGUUACCGAUUGAAAUUUCUAGAGCCAAGAUAGGUGGGAUUUUUCUAUCAAAGUAUUAUCUUUUGGGUUAGUAGUGUUGUACCUGCGCAAUUCGCCUCGAGCAGAAGCACCCCCUCAUUGAUUGAAAAUAGCAGCAUUGGUUGAUUUUGUUGGUAGCAAUGCGACCAUGACAUGUCCAUUUCCUAGUCGUUGGUGAACCGGCAAAGUUCAGUUCUGACCAAAGGAGCCUCCAGUGCCAAGGAAACAGCACCCUCUCUUGGUCCAGCUCAAGGCCCAUACCACACCGGCUGUUUGACAUCAGCUCUUGUUCUUUGCUCAUUGCCUGGCACCCAAACAGGGCGCUGGGAAGGGCUGAUGGGUUUGAACUGUGAUUGGCUACAUUGUGCACAACCUGCGACCGUGAGGUUAUCACUUCCUGUCGGCGAAGCGUUAUUUAAAUUUUUUGGUUCGCCAAUGGCAAUGCUUUGGCACAGCCAAAGUGUAGGCUAUAUCAUAAAAACAUGGCCUUGGUACAACCACAGUGUUUUAAUUUAUCUUCUCACUAAGUAUCACUGAUCAAGUAUCGUUU